AUGAUAAAGGCUGUGGAGGGUUGUCCUGAUGUCUGUAAAUGCUCUCGGAAGUCCGGUCCACAAAAGUCAGAGGUCAACUGUCAUAGGAGGGGGCUUCGUGCUUUUCCCUCCAACCUGUCCCCUGAUGCCUGGAUCCUCAAACUAGGUGAGAAUGCUAUCACAGACCUGAAGGCUAAUGCUCUGAGAUCAAUUCCAAAGAUUGAGAGUAUCCACCUAGAACAAAAUGCCAUCAAAUCCAUCCACCCCAAGGCCCUGUCUGGUGCAAAGCAACUAAUUCUCCUCAAUCUCUACGGCAACCACAUCACCAACCUUCCAGCGAGGGGAUUCCAGGACCUCCUGAACCUUCGCUUUCUAAUGCUGGGACAGAACCAGAUUGGCAUCCUCAAACCUGAGAUGUUUGCAGGAAUGAGGAACUUGUCAGACUUAGACCUUCCUCUCAACGCACUGACAAUGUUACCAUCUAAUGCCUUUAAGCCUCUGAUUGCCCUCAAAGUUCUGGACCUUUCCCUCAAUCACAUCCAAAGGAUCUCUCCUAAGGCCUUCACUGGACUCAGACAGCUCAUGUUCCUCAACUUAGACAAAAACAGUGUAAACUCUUCUAAGUGA